CCAUUUGUGUUGUUGCUCGUGUCAAAAUCCUAUGGCGUGUAACGUGAAAUCAAUGCACUCGUAGUUAGUUUCGUUCGUCAGUGGAUCCGUGUUCAGUGGAAUUCAGCGUAUUUCGCUAGACGACUUGAAAUUUAGUGCAUUUGUGAAGUGUUCUAGUGCAAAAACUAGCUCAAUUCAUUGCAGAUUUUAAUUGUGUCUGUGUUGUAGCUCAAUCUUUGGAUAUAGAUUGUGGAUAACUCAAUUUUUGGUAACAACAGAUAGCAAAGAACUGAACAUAUUAUGGGUAAAGAUUACUACUCGAUUCUAGGCAUUUCAAAAGGUGCAUCUGAUGAUGAAAUCAAGAAGGCCUACAGAAAACUCGCCCUGAAAUACCAUCCUGACAAAAACAAGGCCAAAAGCGCAGAAGAGAAAUUCAAAGAAGUUGCAGAAGCUUAUGAAGUUCUCAGCGACAAAAAGAAACGAGACAUCUACGACAAAUUCGGUGAAGAUGGACUGAAAGGCAAUGUCGGAGGUGGAGGAGGACAGGGAGGUCCUGGAAACUUCCAAUACACAUUCCAUGGAGAUCCUCAAGCCACAUUUGCUCAAUUUUUCGGCACUUCCAAUCCCUUCCAGUUCUUUGAUCUUGGAGGCGGAGGAACACGUAUGUUCUUUGGUGGAGAUGAUGAUGAUGAUGACCCAUUCUUCUCCACUGGUGGUUUACAUCGCUCUGGUCCCGGUGGUGGUGCAUUCCGUUCUCAGUCAUUUAACAUCCAUGGCUCACCUCACAGAGACAAGGAUAAACAGCAAGACUCUCCUAUCGAACAUGAUUUGUAUGUCUCAUUAGAGGAUAUUCUGAAAGGAUGCACCAAGAAGAUGAAAAUUUCCCGGCGAGUACUCCAACCAGACGGAACCUCAAAGAAGGAAGACAAAGUACUGACAAUCAAUGUGAAACCUGGUUGGAAAGCAGGAACAAAAAUCACUUUCCAGAAAGAAGGAGAUCAAGUUCGAAACAAAAUCCCAGCAGAUAUCGUAUUCAUAAUCAGAGACAAGACUCAUCCACUAUUCAAAAGGGAAGGAAGUGAUAUUCGAUACACUGCCAAAAUCACCCUAAAACAGGCUUUGUGUGGAACUAAUAUCGAAAUACCAACGCUAGACAAUUACAAAGUUCCCCUUCAACUCACUCACAAAAUCAUCAAGCCAACAACUGUAGAAAGGAUCCCAGGUAAAGGUUUACCAUUUCCUAAAGAACCCAGCCGGCGAGGAGACCUUCUAGUUUCUUUUGAUAUCAAGUUCCCUGAAACAAUAUCUCCAAGCGCGAAAGAACUUUUGAAUGACAUCCUUCCUAAUUCAUAAGAAUUUCUAGCUGUAAAGUUGGACUUUUUUUACGACUUUAAUAUGAACUGUGUUAAUAAAUUUUAAGUAAUCAACCUAGCCCAAAUUCUUGUGGUGAUUCCCAAUGGAGUUAAUGUUAAAUCACUUACAUUAAGUGCAUUUAUUUUCAAGUUGGGAAAAUCUUGUUGAUGUUUUAAUUCCUUAUCUUGUCUUAGACAAAUCAAAGGAAAGAUUAUUUGACAUGGUAAUUUAUUACCGAUAAUUUAAAUCGUACAAAUUUUUCCUCCCCUCAUGUCUCAUUCUAAGUGAAGACUCACAAGUCUUCCUCGAAGAAAAACUUUCAAUAUCAGACUUACAGCAGAAACAUGUUAUUAGAACUUCUCAGGUAAUUUUUCAGACAACUAUUUUUUUUUUUUUAAUUUUGAUUGUAACUCCUACCAGUUUCUCAGAUGUUUUAGAGAAGUGGUAAAUUUCUGGAAAUAUCUUUGGCAUCUUUUUGACGAAUAAAAGUAUUUGUUCCUGAGACUGUCAGUAUUAGUCACUUCUUGAUGAAUGAUGCUCCAACCUUAGGUUCAGUUUCAAGAUCUGAUUUCAGUUGAGCUCAUUGUAAAAAUGAAGAGAAUAUAAGAACUGGGUGAGGAUUAUCUGUGUGGGCUGUAGUGUGUAACUCGAAGAGAUGAGCAUUAUUGUGAAGUUAAUUCCAACAUGGAAACUGGUUUUGUGUAGACAAAUCAUCCGUUUCUUUUCUCCUCUCUUUUGACUCUUGUCAUGCAGAAUUUUCCCCAAAUUGUGAUCGUAGUUUUGGAAUAAGGUUCCCUUCCUCAAAUUUUCGUAUUUUAUUUUAUUGUUUCGUUUCUUUCACUCUUUCAUUUAUUUAUGUAGUCAGUUUCCUCUUUUGUUAAUUCAUCUCUUAAAGCAAAUAUUUAGAAGCCAAAA